AAUCGACUUUCUGCUAAAACCCAGAAGCUCAAUUCUGAUAAAGAUCACAGCUUUGUGAUCUUGGAAUACUAAAAAUGUCAUCUUUUAUGCUCAAAACAUCUGGUAGUAAAUCUUGGCUCGUUAGUUACAAGUUCUUGAUUUCUCGGUUCCCUUCAUUUUCGCCUAAAACUAUAAAAAGGCCAUCUGGGUCUCAAUUCAGCAGAUCAAAGAUAUAUAAUUUUUCAUGUUUAAGUGAAAAUUACAGGGUUUUAGCUUCUGAUAAUACUGUUUUACACAGAAACUUUUCUGGGUUCGCUUCAGUUCCGAAUUCACGGUGGUUUCGGUUGUUUACUACUCAGGCAGCAGCUGAAUUAUCAACGUCUGAUGGGCUAACUGUAGACAGAAUUGUUGCUAAUAAUUGGCUUAUUCUUGAUGAGACUGAAAGUGAUUGGAAGAGUCACGCUGCUGCUAUUGCUCAAUCCAUUCAAGUCAUCAAGAAGCGUUUGCAGUGGAAGAAAUUAAUGGUAAGGUUAGAUCUGCUGUCAGCACAGCUGAAUAAGCCAGACCUUUGGGAUGAUCCUGUAUUAGCUGGGAAAAUAAGCCGUGAACAUGGUUCGUUGAUGGCUAAAAGGAAAGAGGUAACUGCAUUUGAGACGGAAUUGCUUGAGCAUAUUGACAUGAUAAAGCUGGCUCGAGAAGAGGAUGACACUGAGUUGGAAUCGGAUUCAUUGAGAGCUUUAAUUCGGAUGAGAAGAAAUUCAAAAGAGAAAGAGCUUGAAGCUUUGUUAGCUGGCGAGGAGGAUUCUUGCUCUUGCUACAUAGAGGUCCAAGCUGGAGCUGGAGGUACUGAGAGCAUGGACUGGGCGAAAAUGGUCAUGCAAAUGUAUAAGCAGUGGGCUGGACGGUGUGGUUAUCGUGUAUCUGUGGUGGAUGAAAUGCCUGGUGAGAUUGCGGGAAUCAAGCGUGCAACAAUUAAGGUAGAUGGUGAAUAUGCAUUCGGAUAUGCCAAAGCGGAAGUAGGAGUACACAGGUUGGUACGUAUCUCACCUUUUGACAGUGGAAAGCGGCGGCAUACUUCUUUUGCUGCUGUUGCUGUAAUCCCAAUCCUAGGUGAUGGAUCCACUCAUGUACAAAUUAAUGAAUCCGAUCUCCGUAUUGAACGAUAUCGUGCUGGAGGGCCUGGCGGCCAGCAUGCUAACACAACUGAUAGUGCUGUGAGAAUAUUUCAUAUCCCAACCGGUAUCACUGCUACUUGUCAAAAUGAAAGAUCACAGCAUAUGAAUAAGGCUUCAGCAAUGGCAGUACUCCAAUCUCGAUUGGACCAGCUUGAGAUGGCUCGCCAGGCUCAGAUGAAUGCACAGCAUACACAAUCUCUCACCGAUAUAAGCUGGGGCAACCAGAUUCGCACUUACGUGCUCCAUCCUUAUCGCAUGGUUAAAGAUCUCCGAACCAACUAUGAGGUCUCUGAUCCUGACUCUGUACUCGAUGGAGAAAUAGAUGGCUUCAUCUUGAGCUAUUUAUCAGCUUCUCUCGAUAAAGACGAAGACUGUCCAUAUGCUUAGUUUUGGAAGAAAUCACACCCUCUGUAGAUUGCCAAAUGAAUCCUUAUGUGCUUGUCGGUUCAACAUCCCACCUGUAUGGAUUUCAACAGUUGGAGAAAUGAUCCAGGCGGAAAUACAUGCGGCUCGGUCACGGGUGAUAUAUAUUCCUGAAGAUGCUGAUUAUAAUGGUUCAGUACAAACAAAUAAGGAUGAGAAAGGUUUUGCAGCUAGGCAUAUGGUUCUUUCAAUAGUAGCUUUGGUUCAUUGUUAAUUGCUACGACAUUGAAAAUGAUACAAGCAAUUAUUACUUAUAACUCAAUGUAGCAUUCAUUGAUUUGGUAAUUUAAUCUUGGGUUAAUUGCAAAUUAAA